AUGUGGCCCAAGGAUGAGACUUUGGGGGACUUCUGGAGGAUGGUCUGGGAGCAGCAGUCAUCUAUUAUCGUCAUGGUAACCCGCUGUGAAGAGGGAAACCGGGUUAAGUGUUCACAGUACUGGCCGGCUCCAGAUCGGGAGGCCGAGAUCUUUGAGGAGUUUGUAGUGAAGCUGAACUCAGAGGAGAUCUGUCCGGAUUACACCAUCCGUCACCUCAGCCUAACUAACAAGAGGGAGAAGAGCUCAGACAGGGAGGUGACUCACAUCCAGUUCAUGAGCUGGCCCGCCCACGGCGUCCCAACGGAGCCACACCUCCUCCUGAAACUGAGGCGGCGCGUCAACGCUUUCAAGAACUUCUUCAGCGGCCCGAUCAUCGUCCACUGCAGUGCUGGAGUGGGUAGAACAGGGACUUAUAUCGGCAUUGAUGUCAUGAUGGAGGCUAUGGAGGUGGAGGGCAGAGUGGACAUCUACGGUAACAUGGUCAGACUCCGCAGACAGAGAUGCCUCAUGGUUCAAGUGGAGGCCCAGUACAUCCUGAUUCAUCAGGCUCUGGUGGAGCACAACCAGUUUGGAGAGACUGAGAUCCCACUGUCCGAGGUCCACAGCACACUGAGCACACUCACAGAGAAAACUUCUGAAAGUGAACCCACCCUGAUGGAGGAGGAGUUUGACAGAGUCCCCACAUUUCAUAAAUGGAGGACGUUCAAUACGGGGAUCACUGAGGAGAACAGGGGGAAGAACAGCCCUUCGUCUGUCAUCCCAUAUGACUACAACCGAGUGCUGCUGAAUCUCAAUGAAGGAUGCAGUCAUGUCAGUGACCCUGAAGAUGAAGAGGAUGAGGAAUCCUGUAGAUACAUCAAUGCCUCCCAUAUAAAUGGAUACUGGGGCCCACGUGCCCUCAUCGCAGCUCAGACUCCACUGCCGGACACCAUGGCUGACUUCUGGUUGAUGGUUUACCAGAAGAAAGUGUCCACUCUUGUCAUGCUCUCAGAGGAGAAUAAGGUGCCUAAAGAGUCUGACGCUGUGUACUGGGAUAAGGACAAGAAGUCAUUUGGGGACUUGGAGGUGGAGGUGGUGAGCACAGACGCCACGCCGACCUUCAUCAGACGCAAUCUGAUGAUCCGCCACGUCAAGAAGACAGAGAGUCGCUCGGUGAAGCAGUUCCAGUUCCUGAAGUGGGUGAACAGGGAGCUGCCGGAGACGCCUCAGUGCCUCGCAGACAUGAUGAAGGAGAUCAAGAAGGGCGAUGGAGGCAGCAAAUCACAGACGACCGUGGUCCACUGCAAUGACGGCUCGUCCCGCUCAGGGGUUUUCUGCGCCCUGUGGAAUCUGCUGGACUGCGCUAAGACCGAGAAAGUGGUGGAUGUUUUCCAGGUGGUCAAGACUUUACGCAAGGAGAGACAGAGCAUGAUCUCCAGCCUGGAGCAGUACCAGGUCCUGUAUGACACAGUGCAGAUGGUCUUCCCUGUCCAGAAUAUCAGUGAAACCGCAGCAGCCGAGCAGCCAGACAGCGCUGCCAGCAGCCAGCAGCAGGAGGCGGCAGAGAGCACUCACCUGGUGGCUGAGGAAGACAAGGAAGAGGAGCCUGGGAAAGAGUCCUUGCUGAUGGAAGACACCAGCACCGUCCCUCUGAACGUGUGAGGAGCAGCGACACACGGGGCUGAGCCUUUUCCUGAGGAGAUUUGUGCUGCAGCUCAAUGCU